UUUUCUUUAUAGCCCGAUGAGCGAGGCACUGUGCGCCGCUUGGAGACCGGCGCCAAGCGGCGAAGGCGCCGCCGGUGCCGCCUCGCUCCAUCCCUUCCUCUCUCGCCCCUCGCCCCCUCCUCCCCCUCCCUUCCUCACUCCCUCCUUUCUCUCAGAUCUAGCGCUUGUGGAACUUGAGGGCAGCAUGGCAAGCGAGGGCUCCAAUGGCAAGGUGAAUGGGAGUACUCGCCGGGUUCGCCGUCCGCCUGCGUCGUGCAAGAGGCUGGAGGGGAUCGAGCGCUUCCCCAACUUGCUAUUUACUAUGCUAGGGUUUUUCCAACCCCUCGAUUCGCAGAGCAUGGAGGCAAAUCAAGGUGCUUUUUGUUCAAUCCCGUGUGAUAUAAUUUAUAAGGGGGGAGAACAGCAAUUUCAGGAUCUUGAGCUCAAGAAGGCGAGGAUGGAGGAUGGCGGGCAGCGAGACUGGAGCAUGGUCGCGGCUGGCUAUCGAUGGGGGCCGUGCGGCGUGGUUCUGCAGGGAUUGGUGGCGUGUCGAGGUCUGGGCGUCGUUGGUCGGCGGGCGGCUGGCUGGAGCUCUGGCGCGCGGCUGUGCUGGUGGCGCGGCGGCUGGUUGUCAUCGGGUGGCUGGCGUGGUGCGAGUUGGCGGCCCGCGUCUGGCGGGUCUCUGUUGAGGUGGUGCCCGCGCCGCCCUGCACUCACGCUCUCUGUGCCCGAAUCGCCGGCACUGGAAGUAGCGCACGGGAUCACGGCACGCCGAGGCGAGGUGGUCUGGGGCGAGGCACCGGAAGCAGCGGCCCUCAGUCUCGCGUUUGAAGGCGAGCAGCGCCUUGGUUGGGGGCCUCCUUGAAUUGCUUCUGCGGCUUCGGUCACUUCCGCCAUCGCGUCGCGGCAUCUCGGGCGGCGCCUACUGCCGCAUCCUUCGACGCCUCACUGGCUGCCAGUCAUGGCGCACCAGAUUGUGCUGGGAUGGUUCCUGUACUUCACCGUACCAGGGCCUUGAGCGUCGCGCCGCUGACGUAGGGUCUUGAAUGCGUCGCGGAGGUGUCUUAUCGGUGAUAUGCAUGCUGGUAGUUUGUUUUAGGAGCCAAUAGUAUACAACCAAAUUCUCCCUCCUGUUGGUUUAAUUUCGUUGUGCAAAUAGUUCUUUUCUUGGAUGCUCCCAUGGGCUGGUAGUUAGUUUUGCAAUGUGAAUAUGACAAUCGCUACUUUUAGUUUCCGUUUGACCAUGCCAUCAGAUUCAUUGCUGUGCAGUUUUGGGUAGCAACAACUAAGAUGAGGACUCAAGGCACUAGUGAGGAGUGUAUCAUACUAAUAAUACUUGAGCCCAAUGAGGUUCUAUCCCUGGGAAAAAAAUAUCAUUGCAAAUCUGUAUGUCUCUAGCAUUUGUAGGUUACAGAAGCUUUUGUUCCAUUUUAUCCUGCUGGUCCAUGAAAUUUUUGUAGGAGUAGAAUUGCAAGGUUACAAGGGUAGGAAACUAGGAACCAACUAUCAUUUUUCCUAGGAAUUAGAAACACCCAAUCCGUGAUCCAUUAACAUUUUUCUACUUUAUGCUAUAUAAUCACGAAUUUCCACUUUUAUGGCAUGCUGUUAUUUUUUAAAUUUGUUGAAUACAUGAUUUCAAAUUUCUUUAUUUUCAAGUUCAAUCCUUCUGGUUUCUCAUUAGAAAGCUGCAGAUGUAAAGCUUUCGAUACACAAGUAUAAGUUCCUGUAUUCUUAGUACAAAUUUAGAAAAUUCUUAACCUUGUAAUUAAAUUUAUGUAUCUUAGAUGCAAAGUAUUUUCUGCAUGACUUAAGAUUUUCAAUUUUCGAGUAAAAAGAUUCUAAUAUGGAGGAUGAAAGUUUUGGAUGUGGAAUAUUUCGUAUGCAAUUUUAAAAGUUGUUGACGCCAGAUUUUGACAUGUAUGA